GAUCUCUGCAGAAUGCAUUCUGGUGUCAGUUGACUGAGUGGUUAUUUGGCUUGAUUCAGCUUACCUGUGAGGUUCGCAUAUUCUACGGAGCAAUCAGUGAAAGUUUAUUUUAAUUCUGGAUGCAGGGAGAGGCUUAAUCCCAGCAAAAAGUGAGAACAUAUGGCGUUGUGUUGUGUUCCGAUUUGUCCUUACAGCAAGGCCAAAAGUGAGCCUCCACCGGGAAUCAGCUUUCAUCCCUUUCCAAGUGACGAAAUCCUUCGCAAGCAGUGGUGCUUCGCGCUGGGAAUCAAUGACCAGCGUAGUUUCCGGUGGAAAGCUGUGUGUAGCGAACAUUUUUUACCAUCUGAAGUGAACGCACCGGAUGGCACCCUGAUUGAUGGAGCUGCUCCGUCUAUCUGUGAGACGGAUGACGUUGAGAUCCAGCAUGAGGAUGAAGCAUCAGAUAUUGCACAUUUGAAAGAACUUUUCUGUCGAAUGUGUUUCCGUAAGCAUGCAACUUUAUUCCCCCUAAGCGCCCAAAUCCAUGGCAUGAAUCUAGCGGAAAUCAUUCGAAUCGUUAGCACAAUCCGGAUUGAACCGAAUGCUAAUCUUCCAAGCAAAAUUUGUACCAAUUGUAUUACAAAGGUCGACUUCGCCUUCAAUGUUAGGAGAGAAUUUCAAAUAAAUGCAGAAAAGCUGCACUCAAUUGUAAGGAUGGAUAAACUGCAUGAAUACUACCAAAACUAUGUGGAGCCAGCCGAAGAACACACCGAAAGCUAUGCCGAUGGUAUUCUACGAAACUCGAAGCUCGCACUGAUUGAUCAACAGAUGAUUAAAACUCUAAAAGAGGAUGAUAUCGAAAAGCUUGGGAUUUUAAUUCCUGAAGUGAGUAAUGAAAACACGAGAGACGCCCAAAAAGACUGUUUAAUUGAAGAUGCGUUUAAUGAUGUUCAAGAUUUGAUAGAGGAAGAUGUUUUAGACAGUUCCGAUGCGUUGGAAUACGAAGAAAUAUGGGAGACAGACAUUGCAAACGAUAACGAUUUAAAAAAGUUAGAGCCCAACGUAGAACUUCAAACACAGAAUGAUUCCAUUGCCGUUAAAAAGCAAACUGAGCAACACAAACAACAUUCUGAGGCAGUAAUUUCAGACAAAAAAACUUAUGUUUUUUCUUGGACAACACUGGUAAAACAUAAGAAAGCGGCAAAGAAAGAGAAAAAUGAAAACGUAACGAUGCUGGAGAUGAUUCCCAACAAUUGUUACGUGUGUAAUCAGGCAUUCGCUUCCGAACAAGUACUCGAAGAACAUCUAACAUCCCACGCGGCGUUGGUUCCGUACAAAUGCACCCAGUGCAGUACCGACAACAAUCCCAUCAUCCUGAAGGGGAUAGUUUCGCUGAACCGGCAUUUGCAAUCUCAUCUAUUUCCCUUCACAUGCCCCCAAUGUCCGCUCCGAUUUCCGACAAAAGCCGGCCAAUAUUCGCAUAUUAGAUGGAUUCACCGUCAUUACCAAAAGGAUGGUUUCACGUGUGAUAUCUGUGGGAAAAAGUACGAACGAAAGCGAACAUUCAUGGCACACGUCCUGAAGCAUCGAACGCAAAAGGAACAGCGCUACAAGUGCAGCCACUGUGAGAAACUGUUUACUACCAAACUUUCUCUCGAGCGGCAUCUACGAACGCACACCGGUGAGCGCCCGUACGAAUGUCCAUACUGUAGCAGACGAUUCAACCAUCAGUAUAAUUUCCAGCAGCAUAAACUACUGCAUUUAGCCGUCGGAAAAUCUUUUCGGUGCGAACAUUGCCCAAAAACUUUUGUAAGAUCAAUUUCGUUGAAAGAGCAUCUCCGUGAACAUUUUCCAGAAGGCUUAGGACCUAGUAAAGAACCCAAACGCAGUCAAGUGUUCCGCGAUGAGCAUGUUAUUGUGGUGAAAAAUUCAACAGAAACCUUCAUUUGUCGGUUUUGUUCAGAACAAUUUCCAGACCACAUUACCAAGACUGAGCACGAGUACAGUGCGCAUUCCACCCAAGAGAUUAUCCUGGAAGCAAUCGAACCUGUUUCGCGAGAAGAAAUGGAACGGUUCGCUGGUGUCAGCUACGACUGCCGAAAGGUAGAAGAACUUAUAGAUCUUGACUUUCAAUAAACAUAUAAUAACUAUAA